AUGGCCACCAAUGUGUCGUCGGCUAAUGUCCGUCGACCUGGAGUUGUUAACUUGAGGUCUGGAAAUAUCCAGGCCUCAUGGUCAAAGUUCAAACAAAAAUUUGAGAUUUUCCUCCUCGCUACACAGCAGGAGAAAGCAACCUCAACUGUGCGCUUCGCCCUUCUCCUUGGAGAAGCAGGUGACGAUGCACUGGAGGUGUACGACUCUUUCAAAGAUAGGUUGAUUACCUAUAAGAAAGAUGAGGCUACUGGACUCAACGUCGUUGACCAGGACCUUAGUCGAGAUUACGAGAGCGUGCUGCGAGAGUUCGACCUCUAUGCCACUGAGAAAAAGUGUGUCAUAGGGUGUAGAGAGCUCUUCAACCACCGCAACCAAAAGGCCGGUGAACCGGUAGCCAACUGGCUAACCGACCUCCGUAAUCUUAGCAAAGACUGUAAGUACGGCUCAAUUGAAGAGUCAAUGAUUCACGAUAGACUAAUUUGGGGUACAUACGAUAAGGAACUACGGAAGACACUUCGUGCCAAGGCGGCUUUACCUCUACAUGAGCUGGUCGAAAUUAGCAAGUCUACAGAGUCCAACGCCAAAUACCCACGUACAGUGGAAAGAGUGGCUGUUGUCGACUCCGUUCAAACAGGGCCAAUGCGUGGUCGUGCUAAAAAACGAACACACCAGCAGACACCCUAUGAGAAACCCCAGCAGCAGCGUGGAAAACAAGGUGGUGGUUCCUUCAAACAAAAUAGAAAGAAUCAAAAACCUUUGUACACGUACAAAUGCAGGAAGUGUCUCCAGGUCCAUGAGGCUGGGAAUUGCCCUGCUUGGGGACAUACUUGUAAAGUAUGUGGGAAACCAAAUCAUUUCCCUGUGGUACAUCGCCAAAAUGAAGAUGAUCAACUGCCACGGAAAAGGCAGAAGACCACUCAUAAUGAGAAACCACAUGUGCAGAAGAUCAAUGCCCUGACAGUGCAGGACGUCGAUGAAUCCACUCUGCUCAACGGGAAGUUCACCUCCUCUGAUGACGACUCUGAUGGACAACAGGUGAAGUACGUUCAUUCUCUUACUAAAAGUUGCCAUAAAGAGUAUUUGGAGGAGCUCAGAAUCAAUGGUAAAGACUGGAUAGUCUUUAAACUUGAUUGUGGCUCCCAAGCAAAUGUUCUUCCCAUGGAUAGUUUUCAAUUCAUUAAUAGUGAUAAUGAUAUUGAAUUGUCUCCAACUAGAACUCUACUGGAAGGUUAUGAUGAGAGCAUCUGCCAACCAGAGGGUUCAGUGAUGUUGAAAGUUGAAACCAAAUAUGGGCGGAACAUGCUUGCUAAAUUUUACAUAUCUAAAAAAGGGCGUAGAGCUAUCCUAGGUAUUGAGGGUUGUGAAAUUCUGGAUCUGGUUAAACGAGUUGAACAUUCUGUAACUAUGAUUGAUUCAGUGGAAAUUAAUUCCCUUGUAUUGCCAGAUUCCAAAGAGUCAUUCCUAAAUAAAUUCAAUGAACAGUUUACGGGCCUUGGACAGUUCAAGCAGAAAGUUACCAUUUUGGUAGAUCCAACGGUACAGCCUCGAAUGUGUCCCCCAAGGAGAUAUAACUUCUCCAUCAUCAACCGGUUGAAAGAUAAGCUUGACGAACUGGAAAGGAGGGGUGUGGUUGCAAAAAUCACCACUGAAUCCCCUAAGUUUGUCAGCAAUCUUGUCAUUCGGGAAAAGAGUGAUGGAGAUCUUAGAAUCUGUCUUGACCCUCAAGUGCUGAAUACUGCCAUUGUUCGCCAAACAUAUGCCAUUCCUACACAGGAAGAAUUGGCAUAUAGAGUGCGCGACAAAGCGGUAUUCACAGUGCUUGAUUUGCGGGAAGGAUUUUGGCAUGCCAGUCUAGAUGAGGAUUCUAGUCUGCUUUGCACUUUCUCCACCCCACAUGGCCUGUACAAAUUUCUAAAAAUGCCUUUUGGGUUGACAAGUGCUCCUGAAAUAUUCCAGUUUCUGGCUGAACAGGCAUUUCAGGACACAGAUGUCAUACUCUAUUUUGAUGAUUGUCUCGUGGCUGGAAAAGAUUUUGCCGAACAUGACAAAAUUCUAGCUGCAGUGAUGCAACGAGCUAAAGAGCAAAAUAUUCGGUUUAAUCCUUCCAAAAUUCAGUACAGACAGGCAGAGGUAAAGUUUCUUGGACAUUUGUGGUCCAAGAAUAAUAUCAGAGUUGAUCCUCAGAGAGUGAGAGCUAUUAAUGCAAUUGCAGAGCCUAAAAGUAAAAAUCAGUUGCAAAAAUGUCUAGGGACAUUCAACUACUUGAGAAAUUUCAUUCCUCAAAUGGCUGAGAUUGCUGCUCCUCUCAACCAACUCUUGUCUAGUUCUGUAGCUUUUCACUGGUUACCUGUACAUUCCCAGGCAUUUCAAGCCCUGAAAGAUAGCAUCUCAAAGGCUCCUGUACUAGCAACUUUUGACUGUAAAAAGCCAAUCAUUCUCCAAGCUGAUGCAAGUCAAUUCGGUCUUGGGUGCUGCCUUCUACAAGGUAGACAGCCAGUAGUGCUGGCGUCCCGCAGACUAACUGAAACAGAGACAAAUUAUGCACAGAUUGAAAAAGAAAUGUUGGCCUUGGUCUUUGCUGCAGAAAAGUUUGAGAAGUAUAUAUGGGGAAUGCCUGAUGUGUUGUUCCAGACAGACCAUCAGCCAUUAGUAUCAAUUUUCAAGAAGCCCAUAUAUACCAUAACCAAUAAUAGACUGAAAAAGAUGAGACUAAAAUUACUCAGGUUUCAACCUCGGGUUGAAUACCUACCUGGUAAACUCUUGUAUAUUGCUGAUCUACUUUCUCGGAACUUCCUGGAUGACCCAGUUGAAGAUGAUCCCGAAAUGGUUGAAUAUGUACAUGAAGUGACUAAAAAUAUUCCCAUGUCCUCUGACAUGAAAGAUUUAUUCCUGAAAGAGACAAGCAAAGAUACAGGGUUAUCCACAGUCAUGCAAUACUACCAGGAGGGCUGGCCUAAGCAUAGAAACAAAGUGCCUAUGGAAAGCAAGCCCUACUGGGGUAUUCGCAAUGAUUUGUUUGUAGAAGACGGAUUGGUCAUAAUAAAUGACAGGAUAGUAGUCCCUGUCGUUCUCAGACCUAAAGUCUUAAAAAGAUUACAUGCUGCCCACCUUGGGAUGGAUAAAACUAAAUCUCGAGCCAGGCAGUCUGUAUAUUGGCCAGGAAUUACCAAUGACAUUGAGACGCUGAUUGGUGAAUGCAGAAUCUGUGAAAGACAUAGUCCACAGAAUUUUAAAGAACCUCUAAUUCCACAUGAAAUUCCACAGCUGAGGUUUCAGAAAGUUAGUGUAGAUAUCAUGGAACUGGAUACUCAUACUUACUUGGUCUUGGUUGAUAAUCUAUCCAAAUGGCUUGAGAUUAAACCAUUAACCAGUAAGAGCAGCAAAUCAGUCAUUGGUGUCCUGAGAUCUAUUUUUGCAACUCAUGGUGUCCCUGAAAUCAUAUUUGGAGAUAAUAACCCUCUGAACUCAGCUGAAUGCCAUGAGUUUGCAAAAAGUAUUGGAAGUGAGGUUAGGACCAGCUCACCUGAAUAUCCUCGCAGCAAUGGGCUCGCUGAAAAAGGCGUUCACAUUGCGAAGCAACUCAUUAAAAAGUGUACUGACGAGGGAACGCACUACCUUGACUCACUCAGAGAGUACAAUAAUACUCCCCUGUCAGGUAUGAAUGUGUCACCCUCUCAGAUACUAAUGAGCAGGAUUUGCAGAACUGGGGUCCCAACGCUCCAUAAAAAUCUUGAGCCAAAAGUGAUCAAUGUGCAUCCAACUUUGAAACGGUUGCAAGGAAGGGUGAAAUCCAGACAUGAUGCUCAUGCUCGGAGGAAACCUGUAACGUUCAAAGUGGGUAAUAAUGUUGCAGUUAGGAGGGGAAAUAAAUGGAUAAAGGCAACUAUCAUAGCUAAAAUUAAAGCUGAUAGGUCUUACCUGGUACGGCAAUCAAAUGGUAAAGUGUUGCGGCGCAAUACUUGGCAUUUAAAGCACUCCCGCACUGAGUCAGAUCAUAUUGACUCUGAUUCGGGCAGGAUUGAUGUGGAACAUAUUCUUGACAACUUUCGAGCACAAAAAACGAUCCCGCUGAAGACCGGCAAGAGUUCGGUGUCCUCCCUAGACCAUCAAUUGGAAAAACUCAGCAAAACGAUGGCACAACACGGUCUGGGCGACGUGUAA